GAAUUUGAAUGCUUCUAACUUUAGAUUCUACACUUUUGUAGUAUAUUUGGCAUAAUUAAAAUCAGGAAAUGCAUAAACUGCUCAGAUAUGCAAAAGAGAUGUUAGGGGUUUACACAUGAACACCCACUUUUGUUUGAAUCCAGUUUGUACCACCAGAAUUAAGUUACCACUGUAAACUCUCAGACGACAUUUUAGGAAAUGUAUACAAAGGCUAAGAGGACCCUUUCUAAUUACUGUGAACAAGUUGGAAGUUGACAGAAAACUAGCCAAAAGUUGUGUAAUUAGGAUAGGUUUUGUUUGAAGAAGAAAGGGUUAGUAAUAGAGAUUUACAACCCAUAAAGGGGUUUACAGGGCUUUGGUGUCCAUUGUGUAGUUAUCUGUUACUACACAUUAUGUGGACAGGUGGCUGCAAAAGGCAGCAUUAAGGCUUGUAUUCUGAGGACCCCUCAAGCCCUCUUCAGCUUAGUUUCUAAUAUGAAUUCCAAUAGGCUUCUAUAGAUUGAGCAGAAGACCACACAGGUUACACAGAACAGAAACGAAAUUGGCAGGUGACAGCAUUAGGGUAAAACAGGCACAAACAUUUAAACAAUUAAAAGGAGGUCCAGGAGAGCACACAGGCAGGUCACCUCAAAAAAGCUGUGACCCCUGAUCCUCCCUUCAUUUCAGGCCCUGUAAUAAAUGUUGGUAACAUCAUAAACUAAAGAAAAGUUCUAUUUUUAAAUGUAUCUAGAAGAUAUGUGAAAGCUAUAAAGAUCCCUGUACCAAGAUGGAUGAAAAGUAAAAUGGCAGAACUAGAAUGUGGAGGUGAUAGCUAUCCAAUUACAGGCAUCACAUUUCCGGGACAUUUUCCUACUUAGGAAGUAUGUGGUGCCCAGCCUGUCAUCCCCAAGUGUUUCUAGGACAAACACGCCUGUGUACUCAGAGGUUCUGUUAGCUUCUCAACUGCCUCUCGCCCCCUUGCCUGCUGUUACCUCGGGAGACUCUGACCUCUGCUGUUACACCCAGGAGGGCUAGGAUGUUAACUCUUCUGCCAGUCGAGGGCAGUGAAGGGAACUCAAUGGCUGUAUCCAUUGGGCUCCCAAGCGGGAAACCUAGACCACACUACGUGAGACUCGCACCCUCAUAGCGCCUGAUAUGCGCCUGCGCCGGGAAUACGUACCCAACCAAGUCUGGGUGCCACAGCCUGACCGGUCCCAGGAUCCCGAGCGGUACGAAGCCCUGUGCCCAGUACCCGGCAGGCUCCGGGGCAACCCCGCGCAUGCGCUCUCAGAUGUAGUAAGAGCCGCAGGGCGAGCCCUCCCUACAGUAGUUGUGGAAUUGUGGCGGCAACGGUGUUUUCCCGCGCUUUAUCUGGGCGCCUCAGGAUUCUUUUCAGCAUCUGGAGACCUCACUUUCUAUUAUGUCUUUGUGUGAAGACAUGCUGCUUUGUAAUUAUCGCAAGUGUCGUCUCAAACUCUCUGGUUAUGCGUGGGUCACUGCCUGCUCUCACAUCUUCUGUGAUCAGCAUGGCAGUGGUGAGUUUAGUCGUUCACCAGCUAUCUGCCCUGCCUGCAACAGUACCCUUUCUGGAAAGCUAGACAUUGUCCGCACAGAACUCAGUCCAUCAGAGGAAUAUAAAGCCAUGGUAUUGGCAGGACUUCGACCAGAGAUUGUGUUGGACAUUAGCUCCCGUGCACUGGCCUUCUGGACGUAUCAGGUACAUCAGGAGCGUCUCUAUCAAGAAUACAAUUUCAGCAAGGCUGAGGGCCAUCUGAAACAGAUGGAGAAGAUAUACACUCAGCAAAUACAGAGUAAGGAUGUAGAAUUGACCUCUAUGAAGGGGGAAGUCACCUCCAUGAAGAAAGUGCUAGAAGAAUAUAAGAAAAAGUUCAGUGACAUCUCUGAGAAACUUAUGGAGCGAAAUCGUCAGUAUCAAAAGCUCCAAGGCCUGUAUGAUAGCCUUAGGCUGCGAAACAUCACUAUUGCUAACCAAGAAAGUAUGCUGGAACCAUCCAUGAUUGCACAAUCUGGUGUUUUUGGCUUUCCAUUAGGGAACAACUCCAAGUUUCCUUUGGACAGUACACCAGUUCAAAAUCGGGGUGGUGGAGAUGGAGAUUUUCAGUUCAGACCAUUUUUUGUGGCUUCUCCCACAGCACCUGAACCCAGCAACAGCUUUUUUAGUUUUGCCUCCCCAGGUCGUGAAGUAGAGCAGCAGCAAAUCUCUAGCAGGGCCUUUAAAGUGAAAAGAAUUUAGCUCAUUUUACAGAAUGUUUCUCUUAUCACUUUCAGUGGUCUCAUUUAGCAAAUUACCUUUAUUCUAGUUAGGGUAGGAGUCCCCAUCAUUGUGCUGUUAUAUUUUUAUGAGAGAGUGUCUGUAGGAAUGGCUUUAGAGUCUAGUGUCUUUUUCUGUUUCCAUUAUUUAAGACAUGAGCAUUAUAUUAAACUGAAUUUUAUUGUGAACUGUUAAGUUUUCACCAGCAAUGAAAAGGGUAUAAUAUUUUUGACUGUUUUGUAGAUCACCAUUUGUUUUCUUUCUGGACUACAUGCUUAUUUAUGAUGUAUGUGUAUAUAAGCACUGUGGUAUAUGUCUACAUGUCACUUUGGGUUCUGGUAUUUAUGCAUAUAUGUAUAUAUGUGUUCCUUUAUAUUGGUAUUUUGCUGUAUUUGCCAGUGUAUUUAUAAGAAGAUUUUGGUCUCUGGAAAUGGCAGGUGAAUCUGUAGCUUGUUAUUUGGCCAUGUAUAUCUAUUUGUAUAUAUUUAUUUAUUUGCCCUUGUGUUAGUUUGUGGAGGUGUGUUCAUGUCAGUGAAUGAGAGUACAAUUUGAUGCAUGUAUAUGAAGUCUUAUAUUUCUUUUUUAAAAUGAUUCAUAUUGAUAAAGUUAUUUUGUAAAGUUGAUUUUUGGCAUUUAUUUUAAAAUAAAAUUACUUUUUCUUUA